GACCAAUAUAAAAGGCAGCCCAGUUUCCAACUUUUCCAUCCACUUGUCUUGCCUUCUCCUUGUUGGGAACCAGGUGUACCUUCAGUCCCAAGACAUGUCCUGCUACUCCCAGUGUGUGCCAUGCCGGCCCUGCGGCCCAACCCCUCUGGCCAGCAGCUGCAAUGAGCCCUGUGUCAGGCAGUGCCAGAACUCCACCAUCGUCAUCGAGCCCUCUCCCGUGGUGGUGACCCUGCCCGGACCCAUCCUCAGCUCCUUCCCGCAGAACACCGUUGUGGGCUCCUCCACCUCCGCUGCUGUUGGCAGCAUCCUCAGCUCUGAGGGCGUGCCCAUCACCUCGGGGGGCUUUGAC